UUUUACGUUUCCCCGCAGGCUCUUCUCGCCUGAAGCUCGUCGGGAGCGGCUCUUUCUCCGGCGCAGACGCUCUUUCGUUUCCGCUCUUUCGUUUGUGUCUCCCGCUGCUCCGGCUCAGACAUGGCGGUGUCUCUGGGGGAGGUGGCCGCAGUCGGUGGCGCUAGCCGUCUGCGACGGCAACUGGAGUCCGGGAGUUACGCGGCGGAAGAGUACGUGAAGCUACUGUCCCAGCAGUCGGAUGGGGACCGGGACCUGCAAGAGCACCGGCAGCGCAUUCAGGCGCUGAGCGAGGAGACGGCGCAGAGCCUCAAGCGCAACGUCUACCAGAACUACCGGCAGUUCAUCGAGACGGCCCGCGAGAUCAGCUACCUGGAGAGCGAGAUGUACCAGCUCAGCCACAUCCUCACCGAGCAGAAAGGCAUCAUGGAAACCGUCACCCAGGCCCUGUUGCUGCAGGCCAAUGUCGGCGAGCGAGAAGACCCGGCUGUCGUGGGAGCCCGGCGAGCUGCAGCUGGCGCCACCGACCCUCACACGAACCCUUUCCUGCCUCUCUCGGCCAACAAGGACGCCUUGGCCAACGAGGAAGGCCGACAGCGAACUCUCACCACCCUCCUGGAGAAAGUGGAGGGCUGUCGGGACCUGCUGGAGGGCCCUGGCAAGUACCUGGUGUACAACGGGGACCUGGUGGAGUACGAUGCUGACCACAUGGGGCAGAUCCAGAAAGUCCACGCUUUCCUUAUGAACGACUGCCUGCUGGUGGCCGCCUGGCUGCCCAACCGGCGGGGCAUGUACCGUUACGAUGCCCUCUACCCGCUCGAUGGGCUGGCUGUGGUUAAUGUCAAGGACAACCCCCCCAUGAAGGAUAUGUUCAAGUUGCUGAUGUUCCCCGAGAGUCGCAUCUUCCAAGCCGAGAAUGCCAAGAUCAAGAAAGAGUGGUUGGAAGUGCUGGAGGAGGCCAAAAGAAACCGAGCUCUCAGUGAGAAACGGAGGCUGGAGCAGGAGGUCCCAACGCGGGCUCUCCCGAUGCCUGCUGAGGCUACUAAUCCGUUUGACGUAGACGAGGAGGAAGAGGAGGCGGCGGAGGAAGACAAGGCAACGCCGGAAGAAGAAACGGUGGAUCUGUCUUUAGAAUGGAUUCAGGAACUGCCAGAAGACUUGGAUGUCUGCAUUGCUCAGAGAGACUUUGAAGGGGCAGUUGAUUUGUUAGAUAAGCUGAAGGAAUAUCUGAGUGACAAACCUGUGACCCAGGUGGUUAGAGAGUUGCGAGCUAAGGUGGAUGAAAGGGUCCGACAGCUCACUGAGGUCCUUGUGUUUGAAUUGUCUCCAGAUAGGUCUCUCCGAGGAGGACCCAGAGCUACCCGGAGAGCUGUUUCUCAGCUCAUUCGCUUGGGCCAGUCAACGAAGGCAUGUGAACUUUUCUUGAAAAAUAGGGAAGCUGCUGUUCACACAGCCAUCCGUCAGUUGCGCAUUGAGGGUGCCACCUUGCUGUACAUUCACAAACUUUGUCACGUCUUCUUCACCAGCCUGUUAGAGACCGCAAGAGAGUUUGAGACAGACUUUGCUGGAAACAGUGGGUGUUACUCGGCUUUUGUGGUCUGGGCCCGAUCUACCAUGCGGAUGUUUGUAGAUGCAUUUAGCAAACAGGUGUUUGAUAGUAAGGAGAGUUUAUCUACUGCGGCUGAAUGUGUAAAGGUGGCAAAGGAACAUUGUAAGCAACUUGGCGAUAUUGGUCUGGAUUUGACCUUCAUUAUUCAUGCCCUACUAGUAAAGGAUAUCAAAGAGGCUCUGCAGAGCUACAAAGACAUUAUAAUUGAGGCCACAAAACAUCGCAACUCUGAAGAGAUGUGGAGGAGAAUGAACCUGAUGACCCCUGAAGCCUUAGGAAAGCUUAGAGAGGAAAUGAGGAGCUGUGGUGUGACCAAUUUUGAUCAGUACACUGGAGAUGACUGCUGGGUGAAUCUUAGCUACACUGUUGUGGCUUUCACAAAACAGACCAUGGCUUUCUUGGAGGACGCUCUCAAGUUGUAUUUCCCUGAGCUGCAUAUGGUCCUGCUAGAAAGUCUGAUGGAGAUAAUCCUUGUGGCCAUCCAACAUGUUGAUUACAGUUUACGGUGUGAACAGGAUCCUGAGAAGAAAGCAUUCAUCAGGCAAAAUGCAUCUUUCCUUUAUGAAACUGUCCUUCCUGUUGUGGAAAAAAGAUUUGAGGAAGGUGUUGGAAAGCCUGCUAAGCAGUUGCAGGAUCUGAGGAAUGUUUCACGACUAAUGCGUAUUAAUCCUGAAAGUACUACCUCAGUGGUGUGAAAUGUAAUGCCUCAGUAGUUUUCAUACACAGAUUGUAUAUACUUGUGUACAUACAUACGUAAAGAUAUGUAUGUGUCUACAUACAUAAACUGAUGAUUAUCAAAUACGGCAAAACUCUCAGUUAAUUAUGUUCUGCAAAUACAAGAGGCAGCAAGUAAAAAAGGAAAAGAAAGCAAAUACUGUAGUUUAAAAAAACUCAAGUAACAUCUUUUUUUGAAGUUAUGAAAGUGAUUUUAGAUUUCAAAACAUGACAUCUGUUUGUUAAUAAAUAAUGUUAUUUAAACAUAUGUAAUUAGGUGCUACAGGAAAAAAAAUUGACCUUUUUAGGAAUGUAAAUUAUGAGAUGUAUCUAUUGAUUUCUCCAUAUUAGGUAGGGGUGUACACGAAAUAGGAAGAAUGUUUUAAACCAUCUGCUGUAUUCCCGAUGUCCUGUUCCAUAUCAGCCACAGUUUAGCAGAACCCAAAACCCAGAAUGCUUUGGUUAUUCUGGGUUUCAGAUGGAACAAAAUCCAAGUGGGCCAAGUAGGGUUAAAUGGCAUGUAUUACUCCUCUUUCCCUUCCUCUCCCUCAAUGCUUCUCAGUAGGCCAUAUCAUCAUACCGGGAAAAGCCAAAGAGAGGAAGGGAAAGAGAGGAGAUCUGUGCCACCCUUUCCCCCAGUGCUUUCCCUUUAAGGAGUGUUCUAGUGGGUCAUAUACCAGUGGCCCUUGCUCCCAUUUUCCUAGAACCUUCCUCUCCUUUGACAUUGUUGACAUUCCAGAAUGGCACGUAACACUGGUUUGCCUUUUGCCUUCCCUUCAGGUGCCAGGGUACCUGUCAUGUCCCAUCCUCUCCCCCACCCCACCCCCGAUCAUUUCUACCUGAAACGAAACAACUGUUGUUUGCUAUUCACAAUCCAUCAUGCCAAAACAUGCCUCAGUGUGGGCAUUGGCCUCCUAAAGAUGGCUAUAUCAUGCGUGAAACAUUUUACACAUCUUUAGUAUCAGACAAUUUCCCUUUGUUUCUAAAGUAGAAGAAAUUGUGUAGGAAACAAAGCAGUCCUGCACGAAUCCCUCUAAGAUAAUGAGGAAAGAGCACAAAAAGCUGCCAUCAAUAGUUCAGUUCAA